AUGCAAGAAGUAGUGUCUCGGCAGAGAAUCGAGUUGAAUCAACCUGGGAAGGUGGAUGUGAAGAUAAAUGUGGUUAUAAACAACGAGCAGCGUGUUUGCAGAGCUUCAAGUCAACACGUCUUCUUUCCUGAUCCGGACAGCUACGAUCCCUCAGCACUCUCGUCAGACAACUUUGAGUAUUUCUGCCGUAACGAGUGCGUGAACUACAACGCGUGCGCUUCUUGUAGUGUAUGCGAAAAAUUUUCACCACUCGCUCCUUUCUCGUCUUUAUCUGAGAACGAGAGUGCCGACAGCGUCCAUUCAGGAUUAAGAUUCCCUUUCAGCGCUCAGCAAGACAAUCUCCCGGGUCACAACGCCAUUGACGGUGAUAACCGUCCAUACUCUCCUAUACCGGAUUCUUCCCACCCUUGGGAUGAGACUCAGCAGCGGUCAUCCUACAACUCGAUACUCGUCGAAACAACACCAGAAAUUCAGCAACAGCCCUACGACUCAACCUUGGCCAAGACAAGAGCAGAUUCUCAAGACGGUGGCACCUCUCGCCACCGUUGUAAUGAAUGCAAUCAGAGCUUUGCUGACAAAAACGGCUUGAAGCGUCAUGUCAAAACCAUACAUAGCCCGGCGCAAUGGGUCUGUACUGUCGCGGGUUGUCGCAAAUUUGGUAAAGCAGUCUCUAGGAAGGAUGAUUUCAGGCGGCACUGCAAGACGAGACACCCUACGGUGAAUCUCGAACAAUUUGGUCUCUGA